GAAGGGCGGGGGGGUGGCACAGGCACGGAUAUAAAAGAGGCAGGAGAGGUUGGAUGGGCAGUCUUUGCCAGGAGGAUUCAGAGACUCAAGACCAACAUGAGGUCUGCGGGGCUUUGGGCAGGUGUGGCCUUCCUGCUGCUGGUUCAGUGCAGUGCUGCUGCCAAGCUGGUUUGCUACUUCACCAAUUGGUCUCAGUACCGUCCAGACGCGGGGCGCUACCUCCCAGAGAAUGUCGACCCAGGUCUGUGCACCCACCUCAUCUACGCCUUCGCCAACAUGAACAACAACCAGCUGACCACCUACGAAUGGAACGAUGACGUGCUCUACAAGUCCUUCAACGGGCUGAAAAGCCGGAAUCCUGAAUUGAAGACCCUUCUGGCCAUUGGAGGAUGGAACUUUGGAACUCAGAAGUUUACCACCAUGGUGUCCACCGCCACCAACCGCCAGACCUUCAUCCAGUCAUCCAUCUCUUUUCUGCGUCAACAUGGUUUCGACGGUCUGGACCUGGAUUGGGAGUACCCAGGGAACCGGGGCAGCCCUCCUGAAGACAAAGCCCGCUUCACCACCCUGGUGCAGGAACUGCUCAGUGCCUUUGAGCAAGAAGGGAAGUCGACCGGGAGAGAGAGGCUGCUUCUGAGUGCUGCAGUGGCUGCAGGAAAAAGCAACAUCGACGGUGGCUAUGAAAUUGAUAAAAUCUCCAAGUACCUGGAUUUUGUCAGUCUCAUGUCCUAUGACUUCCACGGCACCUGGGAUAGUGUAACCGGCCACAACAGCCCCCUGUACAAGAGGAAGGAGGAGACUGGAUUCGCUGCCGAACUCAAUGUUGAUUUUGCAGUGAGGUACUGGCUCGAGAAGGGAACUCCAGCUAGCAAGCUGAUCAUGGGUAUGCCCACCUACGGCCGCAGCUUCACACUCUCGUCCUCCAACACGGGCGUGGGUGCCCCAAUCUCUGGGGGUGGGACUCCUGGCACCUACACGAGAGAGGGUGGCAUGCUGAGCUACUAUGAGGUCUGCACCUGGAAAGGAGCCACCAUCCAAAUGAUUGAGGACCAGAAGGUUCCUUACGCGGUCCUGAACAACCAGUGGGUGGGCUUUGACAACAUCGAGAGUUUCACAACCAAGGUCCAGUACCUGAAGCAGAUGGGCCUGGGGGGUGCCAUGGUGUGGGCCCUUGACUUGGAUGACUUCGUGGGCUCCUUCUGCAACCAGGGCAAAUACCCACUCAUCCGGACACUGAGGAAGGAACUGGAUCUUCCACUACCUCCGGAAGUGCCCACUGAGCCCCCGAAGCCCACCCAACCUCCCACCCAGGGGCCCACAGCACGUCCACCGGGCCCUGGGGAAGGCUUCUGCGCCGGCAAACCCGACGGCCACUACCCCGACCCUAAUGACAAAACCAGCUUCUACAUCUGUGCCAAUGGGGAGACGUUUGAGCAGAAGUGCCCACCCGGCCUCAUCUAUGACGCUUCCUGCUCCUGCUGCAACUGGCCCUGAGUCAGCCCCCGGGUGCCUCCCCCCAUCCCAUGAGCAGAGUAGAGCCUGGAGAGCCAGCCCAGCCAGCAGAUGGGCUGUUUUCCCUCUCCAUCUCCUGUUCUCAGCUGGAAGACUUGCUCUGGUCCACUUCCCCGCCUCUACAACCCACCUCUAGUCCUUGGCUCUCUGACUUUGGUCUCAAAAUAAAUAUCAUCUUCUCUCUGA